UUCAACAACACACACACAUGAGGUUUUCAACUUACGACGGGAAUAAAAACUAAUGCAAAGGAGUCUCCUGAGGAAAAAAAUUGCUGCAUUUGAAGAGUUGUGCAGUUAGGACUCAAACUUUUUUUUUUUUUUUUUUAAGAAAUGUGAUCUUUCCUGCAGGAUUUUGUGUUGAGCAAACUAAUUUUGCAAAAUCCGUUUCCUCAGACUGUGGGAAUAACAGCAUUGUGCCACAGAUUUGUGUGUGUGUGCUUUUGGAGACCUUUUAAGCUGUCUGUGACAAUGCCGGUGUUCAAAGUGGAGGAGUCAUCAGGGGACAACUCCGUGGCUGUCUCCAAUUCUUUACUUCAGACAGAGGAGCAGCCCCGCGGCCGGAGGAGGAAGAGACCUCUGCAGCGAGGGAAGCCCCCCUACAGCUACAUCGCGCUUAUUUCCAUGGCCAUCACCAACUCUCCUGACCGCAAGCUGACUUUAGGAGGCAUCUACAAAUUCAUCACGGAGCGCUUCCCCUUCUACCGAGACAAUUCUAAGAAAUGGCAGAACUCCAUCCGCCAUAACUUGACUCUCAAUGAUUGUUUUAUCAAGAUCCCUCGAGAACCGGGGCGCCCAGGAAAGGGCAACUACUGGGCUUUGGACCCCAAUGCUGAGGACAUGUUUGAGAGUGGAAGUUUCCUGCGGCGCAGGAAGAGGUUUAAGCGAUGUGAUUUGAGCACUUAUGCCUCCUAUGUCCAUGAGGCAUCCAUUUUCUCUCCAGUCCAGAUGGCCAGGUCAGCAGCAUAUACUAACUCAAUCUACUCCAACAUGAGAGUCAGUUCCCCCUACGGCCAGCAGCUGACCUCUGCAUACUACCAAUCUUCAUCACCUCCCGGGUUUGGACCUGCUCAGACCCGGAUGUUCAGCAUCAAUAACCUCAUAGGACAUCCUUCCCCAGCCAGCAUGAUGGGAGGUCAAUGUCCAGAGGUGAUGACGCAGCACACCCGGAGCUUCAGUCCUGAAGGGGUUCCCAAUGGAUCCAGUCCCUGCGGCCUGGGAGGUGCGAGUUUCCAGACCCAACCGUGUGGAGGACCAAUGACUUCCCGCUCCUCUACACAUGUUGGAUUCACCUACUCUGGUCCAAACACCCACCAACACCAUCACGCCCCACACGGGUCAUAUGGGCAAGCCCAAGCACAAGGUUAUGGUGGUCCAGGACACGUUAAUGCCCCAGUCCACGGGUCUGCAGAGACCAUGGACCACUACGGCAGGAUCUCUCCAGUCCAAUUGGGGUCAUUUCCGCAGUACAACAGUGCUGCAGGUCCUAUUGCUAACACGGGAGGUUACCUGAGACAUCACACCUAUCCAGGUACUAUGGACAGGUUUGUGCCUGCUAUCUGAGUGUGCAAAACCUGCUCGAGUGUCACACUGGCUUGUACGGAAAAUGUGUGUGAAAAGAGAAAAAAAAAAUUUGGCCAAUUUGUGACCUCUAAAGGACACACAAUGUGCUGUAUUUGUGAUCGAGUCCACUUACCCCUCAGCACCAUCAUCACACUAUGAAUUUGGAUUUACAUUAUGCUGUCGUGUGCGUAUGAUGGUGAGCUUUUAUUCUCAUGAACUGAAAGUGCAAGUUCUGUCAUUUUUGUUUUAAUGUAUCUAAAUUAUUGUGCUUCGUGGUCAUAGGUUUUGCAAUAAGUCAUUUGUAUGAAGAAGCUUCAAAUUUGCAUGUAUUUUGUUGACUAUGCAUUUGUGACUUCUUUCAACAUAAUUAUGUAGCACUUUUGUCAUGCAAGAAUAAAUAAUUUAAAUUAACCCGUUUAUGCCCCAGAUUUGUUUUUUAUAAGUGUAAAAAGUUGCAUUAGUACCUAUGAGAUUUUUUUUAUUGUGAGUAGAAAAUAACAGUAAUACACUUCGGCAACAAUUGUUGCCAGUGGGGCAAAACAGGUUAAUGACAUAUCAUUGAAGUUAAUAUUUGACCAAAUUUCCGCAAUCACAAAAGACAGAUUUUAAUAAAAUCACACAAGGCAUUCGGUGGUUGGGGGGGUGGUAUGUGUGCAUUUCUUCUUUGGUGUUUGCACUGCUUUCCACGGUGUUUCAGCUUGGCUGAUGUAAAGUGCUGUCUGGAGCCAAAGCAUUAUCAGCCGCCACAGCCACUCUCAGUUAUCACAUCCUGACAUCAACACACCACUUGGACACGCAUCCAGCUGAGCUACUGCAGACUCACUAACCAAGGAAAUGAGCUGAAUUUUAAAUUGUUGCGUCAGCUCAUAAACCUUCUCAGUGUCCUGUAUCUCACCACCAGAGGAAACAAGAAGUGCUCCGACAGCACAGACUGCCACCGAGACUUAAGUACAGAUUUUUUUUUAACCAUACGUUCCCUAAAGAGAAAUUUCAGGGAGAAGCAGAAGUCUCCUCGAGCUGUAUGUUCCUUGGCUUCCUCAUUUACAUGGAGUUGAAAUAAAUCAAGAAAAUAGGUUAACUUACAACUUUUUUUUCUUCCACAUUCUGUGAGCAUGUAAACAAUAUUUCUGAUGGUAUGAACACAACAAAAUGAUUAAAAUUCACACUUUAAGUGUUUAAUCAUUUCAUUCACUCCAUCAGAAAUGAAUGUUUUGCUCAUUGAAGUUUCGAAGCCAGUUUGUUAACUUACACUCACCCAGUAUAAAUCCACCCCUUAAAAGUCAUAUUUUGUGAUCCGUAAACUCUGAUCUUUAUUGGGAUUUGUACCCAAUUAAAUUUAUUGUCGAAAGUUCUCAAUGUGAAUAUCUAUUUUGUUGUUUGUUUUUUGUCCUAUGUCCUAAUGAUAAAGUGGUGGGGAAAAUUUUCCCUGGGUCCACCCCCUUUAACAGAUCUGCUCCAAAAGUUAAUGGGUUUUGUGUUGUUUAAGGAAAAUCAAUUUCUUAGUUUCUGUGUCCUGUUGACAGUCAAACAAACGGCACUGAACACUUUACCUCCUUGACCGAGGCAACUCAGAGGACGUCUUAUAUCAGAGGUGCAUAGAAAAAUGCUAAGAGUGCAUAGCAUUUAUGUGAAACAACAGAGGACACACUAAUCUGUGCAACAAGAAAAUUCAAGUGGAUAAGGAUGAACCUUAGUUCGUGCACCAUAAACUAUUUUGUGUGCAAAUCUUUCACACCAUCUGCGCUAAAAUUGAACAAGCAACAUUUACGUAAACCAAAGGUUGUUGAAAUUUAAACAGCCCUCCCAUGAUUACAGAAGUGCACAGAACAAACAAACACACACUGCUGUGUUCUCAGUGACAACUGUUUUGCAACUUCUGUGCACAUUCAACACAGAACACC